CCGGCGCUAAGUUUCCCAUCAAAUGGACGGCACCCGAAGGCCUGGCGUACAACAAAUUUGGUACAAAAUCCGAUGUCUGGGCGUUUGGUAUACUGUUGUGGGAGAUCGCGACCUACGGUAUGUCUCCCUAUCCGGGCGUCGAAUUGACAGAUGUCUAUCAUAUGCUUGAGUCCGGGUAUCGGAUGGAGUGCCCGCCCGGGUGUCCGCCGCGUAUUUUUGACCUCAUGCGUCACUGUUGGCUAUGGGAACCGAUUGAAAGGCCAUCUUUUUAUGACAUUCACAACACAUUGGAGACAAUGUUUACAAACUCUAGUAUUACUGAAGAGGUGGAGAAACAGUUGGAACGACAGACGCCGGUCAACGUUCCCUACAAGAAACUGUCGGGCAGUUCGCCAAACAUUCACCAAAUGGCCAACAGUUCGUCGUCGACGGGAGCGCCGACGGCCACCACUCCCACCUCUACCGGUGCUGAUCAACAGAUUUGGGCCGUAAAUCCUUCGUCAAAAGCCGGCAUUAUUAGCACAAAGUCUACUGUCGUUCAGCUGAGAAGGGGUGGCCUUAAGUCAAAACAGGCGCCGAUCCCUCCGAAGCGGACGAGCAGUUUCCGCGACUCGACAUAUCAGGACAAACCUCUCGGCGACGACGAGAUACUGGAGGGCGCGAGAGAGACAAUGAAUGGGAUCGAAAAGGUGUUCGAGUCGCUGAGCAAAGAGCUUCAGUACGACGAGCAACAGAUCGCCAUCGAGUCCGAGAACUGUUUCCAAACGCUCGAAGAAUUGCAUUCGAGGAAUAGGGCGUCAGGAAAGGGCAAGAAGAGUAAGAGCGGCUCGAAGUCACGGCGUGACGACCCCGACGGCAGUCAUCGCAAAGUACAGGUGGCGUCACUCGACGUGCAUAACGUGAAGCGAGCCAUCAAUAGGUACGGAACAAUGCCAAAGGGCGCCCGAAUUGGCGCUUAUCUGGAAUCGCUUCGACAGUCACAACCAGACCAACAGCCGCUCGAUUCGGUCAACGAGAAUGUGUUCGACAGCGACCUCAUGUCGCCCAUCGACUACUCGAUCGGCGCUGAGCCGAGUCUAGCGGUCGCCACAAUCGGUCGACACGUAUCCAAAAACCGAAGCAAAUCGAAAGACAAUCGCUAUGCGGACGACAGUAACGGUCGCUAUUCAUUCCGCGGUUACCUUCAGCGCCAGAAGUCGGAUCUGACUCAUUCCAGAGGAGGCGCCGCCGCCGACACCUACGACACGGAUCUCAUGAACGAGCGAAUUGUGUUGAGUAACAACUCUAACAAUUUGAAUAAAAGCAAACAUUUGAGCUCAAAGCCAGUCGCCUCUCCCCGACUGCCCCGCAAUACUCAACGAACCGGUUCUCAGCGCAAGUCCUCGUCGGCCGCUAAGUCAUCGCAACCGUCGACGAGCGGCGCUAAUCGGCCCACAGGUCUCGACAAUGAACUCAACGGCAAUAAUAAACUACUUGUGAAUUCAAACGCUCGUCGCAACAGUGAUAACGCGAUCCCAUACGAGACCAGCGCAGACCUGCCGUCACCGCCGGCGCCCUUCGGCCACAACGCCAUCCGACGUACGCUGAAGAAGCAGCUCAGGCCUAAAGACCGACCGCCCAGUCCUCCGCCCGUCGGUAUGACUCGAAGCGGUUCCUUCGACUACUGCGACCACAAUAUGAACCAACACAACAACAACAGCACCAGUACUCCCAGUCCUGAACACAUUCCUCACUCCAUAUCCUCUCAGCCAUCCGUUUCCCAGUCCUCCGAAUCCAGUCCUCAACACUCGUCGACCAAAGUGGAGACCAGUAGUCGUGAGCAGACAAUCGGCGACGACUUCCCACCGCCCGACCCAUACAUACCACAAGAGGAACAACAGAACGGAGUUGAUGUGAUCGUCGCUGAAGACACGAAAUCAAAAUCGAAAUCAAGUGACUUAUUAUCCAAUAAUAAAUUGAGACCCAAUAUAGACUCCCAUAAGAGUCCAGCGGCACAACUGGUCUCCGAAUUAUUCGAGAGCUUUAAGAUGAAGGCGCAGAAGAGACGCGUCGAUAUGGAGGCCGAGUGCGAGUCAAAGGCAUCGGUCGUCACGUCUGAGCCGUCAAACAGAGAGCCCAAAGAUUCAGUCAAUGUUAAUAAGUUUGUCGUCAACCAAAAGCAGACAUCGAAGGCAUCAUUCUUGAGACGAUUCCAGUCAAAGCCGGGUCCCGACUAUCCGGCGCCCGCGCCUCCCAUUCAGACACAGGUGUCUCGCAAUUCAAUUGCCGCCGAAUACGUGACGCCUGUAUUGAAGCGGACGCCACAGAAACCGAUUGAAACCAUGUCUCAGAACGACGAUAAAGACAAAGAGAAAUACAGUAAUAAUAGUAAUAGUAAUCACAAAAGUAUUAUUAAUAACAAGAAUGAGAUUAAUUCGCAAACCAAUCGAAAUCCGAUGCAUAACAACAACGGCACCGAUAGUCAGCCCAAGCCAUCGAUCGCGACCACGAGUCCGAAAGGCGGCCCAAAAGACGUGUCUUCGGCGCCAUUGCAGGAGCGGUGCAGCGGUUAUGACGCCGACGACGAGAGCAAACGACACUCGUCUUCAAGCAUAACGAGUCUCAAGAAGUUAUGGGAAUCGCAAUCCAAUAACAGUAAUAAUUUGAAUCACACGAACGCCACCAACAAUGAGAACAAUUGCGAGCCUAAUAUCACCGCCAAAAGUGCCGACAACACCGCUGCCGGCCCUCCGAUGAACAAGUCUUCACAAAACAGUCCCAAAAUCAAUGCGAAGCGUACGGGCGAUGUGUUGAAGAGCUUACGGCGCUCUGACAACAGCGCGUCCGCCGAUAAUAUCAUAUUUAAGAUCAAUGAGGAGAAGGAGGACCAGUCGGCCGUUCACUCAUUCUUAAAGCCGUCACUGCCAAAUAAGCCCCAAAUAAAGUCUUCUGGUGGACGAGUGCUCUCUUCAGGAACUCAGAAGUUAGUCAAAGCAAAGUCUGAGUCCGUGGACAGCACUCACAGUGAGAGCAGUGGCUCUAAAUUAGGUCUUAAAUCAAUUGACAAGAAUGUGAUCACAACGAAGACUGUGAACGCGUGCGACCGGUCGUCCAUAUUAGAGAUUUCGGGUGCGAUCGACACCAGUAUAUCGUCGCUGAAGACGGCAUCGGGAGCGCCGGCGCCCACAGCGCAGACCUCGCAGUCUAUAAUGCAAUUGACGGAUAAGAUUCAGCUCUUUAGACAGUCGUGCAAACAGUUUUCAGAGGACUGUCCGCCGCAGCAAAGGUUCCGUUUUAGAGAACUGUUGACCAAAUUUGACGUAAAUUGCGACCAAUUGAAGACAUCCAACACAUUGACCACAAAUCGAUUGCUAACUGACAUACAGAACACACUCAGAGAUAUUGUGAAUUUGGUUCAGAGAUGAGUUCAGAGAAGAUUAUAUCCGUUUGUUUUUGACUUUAUUUAUAUUUCAAACAAACAAAUGAUUAGUUUUAUGGAUAACUGACAAAAGUGUGCGUCUCUUGCGAUACGACUCCCGAAGUGUAUCGGGAAAUGAGUGCCAAACCAAUUGAGUGGCAAUGAAAACUCCUUUUAUAUUAAUUGUAUUAAUGAUAUGUGAAUGACAUUUGGAUUUCUUUGACAUUAUUUCUCGCAUUUUAUUUGCAGAGAUAUUUGAGACUAAAUUCACAACAAUAUCCACAUUUGAGGCAAAUAUUAAAACCCAUUUUCUACUGAUUGUAUAAAACAAACAAAAAGCACUCAAAAUGAAAACUUUUUGAACACUUUUUUUUCUACUUCUUGACUGAU